CUGCUUGCAUCUUCGCCAGGGUCCCCUGCUGACAUAGGCAUACCCAAUGGGCCUGCCGAAGAAAUGGGGAGGGGAAAGAUCGAGAUCAAGAGGAUUGAGAACACGACGAGCCGCCAGGUGACCUUUUGCAAACGCAGGAACGGGCUGCUCAAGAAGGCCUAUGAGCUCUCCGUCCUAUGCGAAGCGGAGAUCGCCUUGAUCGUCUUCUCCAGCCGUGGCCGUCUCUACGAGUAUGCUAGUAACAGCGCGAGAUCGACGAUCGACAGGUACAAGAAGGCAUGUGCUAGCGCAUCUGGCUCAGCUCCAGCUAUAGACGUCAAUUCUCAGCAAUACUUUCAGCAAGAAUCAGCAAAGCUGCGCCAUCAGAUACAGUCCCUGCAAAACGCAAACAGGAACCUGAUGGGCGAAUCCGUUGGCAAUUUGACCCUGAAGGAGCUCAAGAACCUCGAGAGCAGGCUCGAGAAGGGCAUCGGCCGUAUCCGAUCAAAGAAGCAUGAGCUGCUGUUCGCCGAGAUCGAAUACAUGCAGAAACUGGAGGCUGAUCUCCAGAGCGAGAACAUGUAUCUCAGAGCCAAGGUGGCGGACGUGGAACGGCUGGCCCUCGCGCCGGCGCCGGCGCCGGUGUCGGGCGGGGCGGAGCUGGAGGCGCUCCCGACGUUCGACGCGAGGAGCUACUACCACCACCAGGUGACCAUGCUGCAGGAGGCCGCGGCGGCCUCCUCCUCGCGCUACUCCCAGCCGCAGGACCAGGCGAGGCUACGCCAGGAUCAGGAGGCAGCGCCGGCGACCACCGCUCUCCACCUCGGCUACCAGAUGAAGGGGGUCAACUAA